AUGGUUCAAAACAACCAGAUACCAGAUUGGUUGCAAACCAGGGAGUUGACCGAGCUUGAACAGGAUAAGGGUAGAGAACAACAUAUAGCAACAUUACUCAACUCCUCGGAGCAACCCAUAGCUCCAAAUCGUCUCGAAAAUUCCAAAUCAAAUUAUAUCCCCGAACACAUAUUUAUCAAACCCCUACAUGCAAACCCAACUCGACAUCUCGAACAGCUUUCCAUGUUCCUGAUAUUCCGUACACGAUUCUUGUCUCUACCGUUAUAUCAACAGAAUUUGUAUACCUGGGGUGUGCAAAGGAUUCCUUUGGAUGAUAUGUUUGAGAUGGAGUUUUUGAGGAAUAGUUGUAAUGCUUGUGGAAUUGCGUUUGAGAAGUUACAGUUACUUGUUGAUGAGUUAUGGAGAGCGGAAGUAUUUUCAUCUUCUUCGGAUUUGAUGAGGUCUUUGCGGGAUUAUACGCAUGAGGAUCUGCAGAGUGAUAGGUUUAGGAAGGCUGUGGGGUUGCAGCCUCUUAAGAAGAAUAUUGUUGGUGGUGAUGAGGGAAAACUACUGGGCUUGGUAGAUCAAAACAGAGUUUCGGAAUCGCUUAGAACUCAGGAGCAUCAGGAUCAGAGCCAGAAAUUACCGGAUAUUAACAGAUCAUCUGCAGUUCUUUCACAGCCAGAGGAACUACCACAAGAUAAUGGAUCUGAAGUUGCGCCUUCUGGUGAUCGCACGCUACCUCCUGCAAAGAGUCGUUUUAUGACGAUGAUUUCUUCUACUUCUCUACAUGGAGGUAAGAAGAAUAUCUAUAACCCGUCUCUCCUCCGCCGCCCGAUGACUUCGCCGGUCCUGAGUAAAGAUUCAGGAAAUUCCCAAUUUAUGCAGCAUGGUUCGAGACCUAGAUCUAAAUCCAUAUCUGAGGGCGAAAGUAGUGCAAGAAACACCAUUACAAACCGACGUUUUUCGACAUCUAAUAUACCUUGA